GCGACCUUGGGGCGGAAGUUGCCGACGCUCCGCGCGCCAUUUUCAAACGGCUUGCUAGGCCCGUCCGCUCUUUGUUUCGGCGGAGGGAGAGGGAGGCAGCACCCGGUGGUGUGGAGUAGAUGGCCUCCCGGAGCUGAUUCUGAUUGUUAACCCCAAAUAUCUCUGCUACAAAUAUCUUCACAAUGACUACGGCUGCAGAAAGAAAGUUUGUUAAUCUCAGGAAGCGUUUGGAUCAGCUGGGAUAUCGACAGCCUCUGGGAAUAGAAAGCCUCCCAUUGGUGGAAAAGCUUUUCAGUGAUCUUCUUCACACAACCGAGAGUCUCCGGAGUACAAAGCUAUCAGCUGGAAAAAUUGAAAAAGAGUACAGCAACUUUGAUGUUGUUUUGGAACCUUAUCGAGAAGAAAAUGCUAGGCUCACUCGUGAAAAUAAUGAAUUACAUUUAGAAGUGUUGAAACUGAAAGAGCAAUUGGAUCAACGAGUCAAAGAUUUGAAAGCUACACUGAGGAGAGUGGACCAUGAGAAUGCAGAUAUGAAAUUUCUGAAUAAUCAGUAUGUACAUAAAAUUCGAUCAUUGGAGAAGGAAAACAAAGCCAAGACUGACAAGAUCCAACAGCUCCAAGAAAAAAAUCUCCAAGCAGUAGUUCAGACACCAGGAGGUAGGAAAAGAAAUAUUCCAUUUAGGCGUCAACGUAUGCAGAUAGAUCAACCAGCACCUCCUUCUGGAAUUGGUGCUUAUCCUGUUCCACAACCCGAUGAUCCAUACAUAGCAGACCUUCUUCAAGUGGCUGACAACAGAAUUCAUGAGCUACAGUUGGAAGUUGCUGACCUGCAUGAAAAAGUAGAGAUUGCUGAACGUGGAAUGAAAAAUUACAGCAAGCAGGUUGAACUCCGCGAUAGUGAGAUUGAGCGUUUAGUACUUGCCCUCGAUGGUGGGCGCUCUCAUGAUGUCAUAUCUCUGGAAGCCAAAAGCAGAAGCAAUGAAAAAAUUAUUGCUCACUUAAACUUACAGGUAGAAUUUCUACAGCAAACAAAUAAAGAGCUUGAAACACGCAUACAAGAGCUUUUGGACAGUAGGCAAAAUGUGACGAGUGAGGUGGUGGAUUUAAGUAAUAAAAAUGAUGAACUGUGCCAAGAACUGAGUGAAAUAGAUCAUUUGGCUCAAGAAUUGGAAAGGCACAAAGAAAUGGUGCUCCAGACAGCAGAUAAGGAAAUUGGAGAAGCUAAGGAAGAGAUUAAGAAAAAAUCCAGUGAAAUCCAGGAUCGUGAAGAAACUAUAGCAAGACUUAAGUCAGAAUUAACUUCAUCUCGCAGAGAAAAAGAGAGACUCACGGAAGAACUAAUUGGCAAAACAGAUGAAAAACAAAAUCUUGAGUUUUUGUUAAACCAGGCUCAAACAGAGAACCAAAGGCUGACCAAGAAAGUUGAGAAUCUUGAAAUUAUAGAUCGGGAGCUUGUCACAGAAAUAGAGAGGAUGAGAUUAGAAGGUGGCAUAGCGCUUGGAGACAAGGCACCUUCUCGCCUAGAUGCAUUUAUAAAGACCAUAGAAGAAGACAGGGACUAUUAUAAGCAAGAACUAGAGUGUCUCCGAAAAAUAUUUAAAAGAAAAUCUAGCCCAUUACGCAAAACUCCAGAAAAGAGUGACAAUCUUAGAUUAAUUACCAGAGAGCGGGAUGAACUGCAAUCCAUGUUAGAUAGAUUUGAAAAACACAUGAUUGAAAUUCAAUCUAAUGUCAAAUUGUUAACUGCAGAAAGGGACAAACUAAGCAUUCUUUAUGAACAGUCACAAGAUGAGUUAAAUUCUCUGCGGAGAGAAACAAAAACUUACUUGGCGACCCAAAGUCAUACAGAAGAAGAAAGAAACAUUGCAAUGACAGAUUUCAGAAGAGUAGUGGCAGAGAAAGAAGGGCUAAAAGAAAAAUUAAAGACCCAGCAAGAAGAAAACUCAAAACUAGAGAAGGAACUAUCAGAGUUGGAAAACACUCUACAUACAUUGGAAACAGAACGCCUUGAUCAAGUAACAACAAUUUCAUUAUUCAAAGAAAAAAUAGUCAGCUUAGAAGAUGAAUUAAAUGUCAAGUCUCACCAGCUUUCCCAAACCUCUGAAGAUACUUCGCAGUUAAAGACAGAGUUAAGCUCACUUCAGGUAAUAAAUGAACAAAUACAGAAAUCCUUAGACGAGACACAGCAUCAGUUAUCUCUUAAAGAAGAUGACUUUCAUUCAACUCAAGAAGAAAUUGCAGUGCUAGAAGACAAAGUCGAUACGCUCAGUAAAAAGAUCUCAAUGCAAGAGGAGACUAUCCGUGUACUCAGAAGUACUAUUAAUAUAUUGGAUAAAGAGAAGGACAACCUACAGGAAAGUAUAGAUGAAAAGACAGAAAAAAAUGCUUAUCUAGAUGACAAUUUGGCAAACAAGGAGAAAACUAUCCUUAAUUUGCGGCAAACACUCAGUCAGUUGGAAACAACCUUAGAUCAAUUAAAGGAUGUCUUAAGUGGUAAGGACCGUGAACUUGCCAGUCUCCGCCGCCAGAUUGAUGGUCUCCACUCUGAGGUUAGCGAAAUCGGCACAGUUAAAGAGAUGGCCCUGAAGGAAAACAGAAGAUUGCAGGAUGAUCUAGCCACAAUGGCCAGGGAAAACCAGGCAGUCUCAACUGAAUUGGAAAUGGCUUUACGUGAAAAAGAAGAAAUGAAAAUUAGAGUCCAUAAUUACAUAACUGAAGUCUCCAGGUUUGAAAGCUUGAUAAGCACAAAGGAAAGAGAGAACAAGGACUUGUUGGAGCAGUUCCAGAUGCUCCAUAGCCAAGCUGAGGAUUGGGAAGUGAAAGCGCAUCAAGCUGAGGGGCAAAACAGUUCUGUACGGCUGGAACUCCUUUCUGUUGAUACUGAGCGGAGACACCUAAGAGAGAGAGUGGAUCUACUGGAAAAAGAAAUUCAGGAGCAUAUCGUCGCCCACCAAGCUUAUGAGUCACAGAUCUCUUCAAUGGCAAAAAAUAUGGCCAAACUGGAAGAAAGCCUCAGGCAUGAAAAAGAAGAAAAGGCUUCAAUGACUGUUGAUGUUACUUCCGUUAGAGAUUUAUGUGUUAAACUGGAGUCUGGCAAAGACCUUCUUUCACGUCAGCUAGCAUCUAAAUCCGUGGAUCUUGAGAGGAUUUUGUCAGAAUUAGAAGAUGCGAAGACAGAGGCAGAACUCUUAAAAAAGCAGCUGUCCAGUGAGCGACUUACAAUUCAAAACCUUGAAACACUCUUGGCAACCAGCAGAGACAAGGAUUUUCAAAAUCAUUUGAUAACUCAUGAAAAGGAUUCAGAAAUACAGCUACUCAAAGACAAGUUAACCCUCUCAGAGAGUAAACUAACAAGUCUUAAUAGAGAGGUUUCUAUACUCCGAAACAAACUUGCACAGCUGCAGACUGAUUAUGACAUUAUAAAAAGACAACUAACAACAGAACGAUUUGAACGUGAACGUGCCAUUCAAGAGAUGCGUCGACAUGGCCUCUCUACAACUUCUUUGCGUGCCUCAUCCCCACUUAGCUCAACAUUGAGAUCUCCUUCACAUUCUCCAGAGAGAUCCGUUACGGCAACAUCAGAAGGAAUGAGCAAACCAGAAAUAAGGAUUGAGAAAAUUGCACAUCUGAGCUCCAGUUUCUAAAGGCAUAAAGCAAGGCAGGUUAGAAUAGUAAAGUUAAUAGAUGAAGAACCUUCCGUCCAAUCUAUUUACUUUUAAAGAAGAGGUCUGCAAUUUCCAUUAAAGGCACCUAGAAGAACAGACAGUGACGUGCAACAGAGGAAGCGGGUCCAAAUCCUCAAUUUGCUCUAUGUAAAAUACUUCUCUUAAAAUUAUUGGAAACAUGUUUUAAUAAAUAAAAAGUAGAUACACUGGAA